AUGACAUCUCGCUCUCCAUCUCCCGACUCUACGAACAAUGAAACUCCCACCCUCCUUUACCAGCGAGACCCCCCUGCAGGCCCGGGAAUACAUCACCACCGCCCCCGUGAGCCCGCAAUGCAACUGUCUCAGCAACGGCGCAGUCGCAGGCAUCGUGCUCGGCAGCGUCGCGGGCGUGGUUCUCCUGUUCUGGCUGCUGCGCUGCGCCAUGGUGUCGACGCGAGUGUCUCCGCGAGAGCCGACGAUGACAACGACGACGACGUACCAUCACCGUCCGAGCCGCAGCUACAGCCACAGCCACAGCGACAGCUAUCGUAG